AUGUCCACUACGACUGCCCCGCCAACAUUCAUCAUCAGCGUCCCCACGACCGACAUCCCGAGUGCCAAAUCCUUCUACACCUCCCUCAACUUCCACUUCCUCCCCGACUGGUCAGACGCUUCCUCCAUCUCAUUCAUUCUCCCUUCUCCCAACAACAACAUCGCCCUGAUGCUGCACACCCACGACCGCGUGAAGAAGUUCUUCCGUCCCGGGGCCAUCAUCGCGGACCCCAAGACCACUAAUGAAGCUCUCUUCUCGAUCAGUGUCAAGAAACCAGAGGAGGUCGAUGAGUGGCUAGACAAGGCCGUCAAAGCCGGAGGCGAGAAGGAUCCGUUUGUGAUGAAGGAGUAUGGGAAGGAUAUGGGAAUGUACUCAAGGAGUUUUGCGGACCCAGAUGGACAUAUUUGGGAGGUUAUGUGUUGGGUUGCGAAGUGUGGUCAAACAGGGGAGGUGAGGACGGAGUAA